AUGCCAUUCGCUGCAGCAAGGGUAAGAAACCAGAACAACCCGGCCGCACGAAAUCGUAACCAACCUCACAACCAAGCGAUCCCAUCGUUUCUGCCACACCGACCGAGCGCCUCAGAUAUGAGCUUCCCCGAGAAGCCGCUCCCCCGCGGCCAGCCGCAGUCGCCGAGACAGCCCGGUGUGCGGCUGAGAAUCGAGAAAGUCAGGGACAAGGCCCUGCAGACCCAGCUUAUUUAUGCCAACGUCGCAGGUGUCAGCUACCGAGACUUCGCCCCGAGCCGCGACGGCCAGGACAUCAACAUCCUGAUUCGAGCCAGAGACCCUGUCCGAGGAACAGUACGAGAGAACGUUGUCAGAGCGCGACCAACACCCGAACUCCCCGAGGGCACCAUCAGUCUGUCCGACCCGCAACGAUCAUGGCUGAAGAUCGGAAUGACCGACACCUUCGAGGGUGAGGUGUACGAUGCGAACAGACAAGGCGCAACUCACCUCGAGGCGAUGGACCUCGAGCUGUCCUGGGCCUCGAUGAAGAGGGACCCCAACUACGAGUUCAAGCACGAAUACUUGGCCAAGGUCUUUGAGCGUUUCUUCCAGAUGCACUUCUUCGCCCCCGGUCAGCGCACUCUGCUGGACAUUGAAGGUCUCAAGAUCUUUGCUACCGUCAAGACCAUCACUUUUGCUGGAGGCAAAGGUCCCGACGCCGUCGUCACAUCAUCAGACCCUUCUGCCCGCGGAUUCUUCAGCACGAACACGCUAUUGUCCUUCUUCAAGGGCGCCGAGUCGGAUAUGAAGCUUCAGGUCGGUGAGCACCAGGGUAACGCCAACCCCAUUAUCUCGCCAGACUUCAAGUUUGAGGAUAUGGGUAUUGGUGGUCUCCAGGACGAAUUCGCCACCAUUUUCCGCAGAGCUUUUGCUUCUCGCGUCUUCCCUCCCCAGCUGGUAGCGAAGCUGGGUAUUCAGCACGUCAAGGGCAUCCUGCUCUUCGGCCCCCCUGGAACCGGAAAGACGCUUAUCGCUAGACAAAUCGGAAAGAUGCUCAACGCUCGUGAGCCCAAGAUUAUCAACGGUCCUGAGGUUCUCAACAAGUUUGUCGGUCAAUCUGAAGAGAACAUUCGAAAGAUGUUUGCGGAUGCUGAGAAGGAGUAUAAGGAGAAGGGCGACCAGAGUGGUCUUCAUAUUAUCAUUUUCGAUGAGUUGGAUGCCGUCUGCAAGCAAAGAGGCUCCGGUGCCGGUGGCGGCACUGGUGUUGGUGACAGUGUUGUUAACCAGCUUCUCACCAAGCUCGACGGUGUUGACCAGCUUAACAACAUCCUGCUCAUCGGUAUGACCAACCGUAAAGACAUGAUCGAUGAGGCGCUUCUGCGUCCCGGUCGUUUGGAGGUUCAGUUGGAGAUUAGCUUGCCCAACGAAGAGGGACGCAAGGAAAUCUUCAUGAUUCACACUGCCAAGAUGCGAGACAACAACAUUAUGGAUUCCAAGGUUGACCUGGCCUCACUGGCAGCUCGCACCAAGAACUACUCUGGUGCCGAGAUCUCUGGUGUCGUCAAGGCUGCAACGUCGUUCGCCUUCAACCGUCACACCGAGGUCGGCAACAGCGCUAAGAUGAAGAAUGAUGUAUCCGCGAUGAAGAUCACCAUGGACGAUUUCGACAACGCACUGACCGAGGUCAAGCCGGCUUAUGGUGUUUCUGAAGACGAGCUGGCGUUUGCCCUUGGCAUGGGAAUCCUUCAGUUCAACAACAACAUCCCCGCCAUUAUCCGCACGAUGCAGGGCUACAUCGACACAGUCAAAGAGUCAGAUGUUCUCAACAGGAUACCAGUCCUUCUUCACGGGCCCCCGGAGUCAGGCAAGACUGCUUUGGCCGCCCACACCGCCUCCCUUUCAGACUUCCCCUUUGUUAAGCUCAUUUCGCCUCAGCACUUGACUGCUUUCCGAGAUGAGUUUGGAAAGAAGGACUACCUCACCAAGGUUUUCACCGACGCUUACAAGUCUGAGCGUAGCAUCGUAAUUUUGGAUAACUUUGAGCAACUCAUUGAGUGGAACCCAAUUGGGCCACGCUUCUCCAACACGGUGCUCGACAGACUCAUUUCCCUCAUCCAAACCCAGCCACCAAAGGGCCGUCGUAUCCUCAUCAUGGUCACCACCUCAGAACGCUUCGUACUCAGCAACUUGGGUGUUCUUAAGCACUUCCGCAGACAGAUUCCGGUACCCGCCAUAUCUGAUGUACGCGAACUCGCCCAAGUCCUGGACCAGUCAGGAAUGUUUGGUGGCAACGACAUUCAGACCGUCAUCCAGUCCAUACGCAAUGACACUCGGUCGGACAAGAUCGGUCUUGGCAUCAAGACGAUUCUUGAGUCAAUCGAGGAAUCAAAGAUUGAGGCAUCCUCACAAGGCACCGACAUGCUGGAGAGUCUGUCAAACAGGCUUGUGACGGCUAUUUCCUCCAAUGCCCUAGACGAGUAA